CGGGGACGUCGAGCGUCGUUGCGCGUCUCUAUUUGAUGUGUUUGUGAUUUUUUCGAUUUUUUUUUAAAUAUUUUUCACCGAAUUUUCCUCAUGGGCUGUGCCAGUAGUUCGCCACUAAUUGAAGGCGGUAAAAAUUUGGUGGAGGCGGCUAAAGACACGGCCAACGAUGCUGUGGCCAAAGGCGGGCAAGCUUUGCAUGAUUAUUCGGCGUUCUUUCGAACGUCCGAUUUUGGUAGGUACAUUUCUUUGACAUUGGGACGUUCUAUGGACGUCCAUUGGAUUUCUUGCGACAAUCUUCGGCAUCCUUUUGGCGUUCUACAUUCUUGUGCUGUAUGGGUUGUGAAAGAUCGUUUUCCAUAA